AUGGCGGCAUCUACAUCGCGACCUCUGGAGUACCUUGAGGGUCUCCCCGGGACGACCUUCUUCAAGCUAUACCAGCAGCCAUCCACCGCUCUCGCCAUUUUCCGCCGCAUGCUGCCUGAUCUGGCAAAAUGCUUCGUCAUGGCCCUGUUAUACUUGAAGGAUCCCCUUCCUCAGGCUGAUCUCGAACUUUGGGUCAAAGCUGAGAGUCGAAAGCAACGCGAUAACGCCCUGUCGAUCUUGGGCAGACUGCAUAUCUUGUCGCCGAGUUUGACUUCUGAGAAAGCUCGCGCUUACAUGGUCACGAAUCCAUUCGCUUCCUCCCUUCGCCAAGCUCUCAUGGGCUCCGCGGAUUCCCUAUCCUUCGGCGUUCUCUCCAACACACCCGAUAAAUACCCGGUCUCGAUCAAUUUCCUGGAUGAUUAUGCGCGGCGCCAAUGGGAAGCAGUGCUUGGAUACAUGGUUGGAACAAGUGCCUUUGAACAACGGGGACAACGGGAUGGAGCCAGCCUGAGCGAAGGCGUGAAGCAGCUGCUCCAAGCUGGCCAUCUGGUUGAGCUCCGUGGUCGCAGUGUGGACAUCACCAAAGAUGGAUUUGGCUUUGUGUUACAAGACGUCAACACGCAGGUGUGGCACAUCUUGAUCCUCUACGUCCAAAGUGCCGAGCACGUCGGCAUGGACAGCGUCGAGGUUCUUUCCUUCCUGUUCCUCCUAAGUAGCUUGGAGCUCGGUCAAUCUUACGAGAAGAAACAUCUCACGCCCGAUCAACUCCGCACUCUGAGUGGUCUGGCCGACUUUGGCAUCGUCUACCAAGAAUCGCCUGAGGCCACCCAGUUCUAUCCUACCCGCCUGGCAACCACACUUACCUCCGACUCGAGUGCCUUGAGUAACCCCGUCACUGGGUCUUUGGGGCCUGCAGGCCAGCCCGGCAGCUCCGGCUCUGGCUUCAUCAUCAUCGAAACCAACUACCGGCUCUACGCAUACACAUCAUCCCCACUACAGAUCUCCCUCAUCUCCCUAUUCACAAACCUCAAAUACCGCUUCCCAAACUUGGUUACCGGCAAAAUUACCAGACAGUCCGUCCGUCGAGCCAUCGAGAUGGGCAUCACAGCCGACCAGGUUAUUUCGUAUCUGCUCACCCACGCGCAUCCCCAAAUGCGCAAACACAAUGCGGGCCACUCCACCUCCAACACUGGAAGCAUCCCGCCCUCGGUCCUACCACCCACGGUCACGGAUCAGAUCCGACUUUGGCAGCUUGAGCGAGAUCGUCUGCGGGCCACUGCCGGCUUCCUCUUCAAAGACUUUACCAGCUUCGCCGAAUAUCAAGCUCCAUGCCAGUACGCUGCAGAGGUCGGUGUGUUGGUCUGGAAGUCAGACCGGAAACGCAUGUUCUUCGUCACCCGGCAUGAACAAGUCGCGGCGUUCUUGAAAAACAGAAAAUAG